AAGUAUUUGUAAAGUUGUAGCUUUUAAUAAACGCAUAAGUCGGUAAUAGUGCAGGCGAAACGAAGUCUAUCAGGUGGCGAUGGCGUCCAAAGGUUCAACACCUCCUUAUCCCAGUGCUGCCAGAUUCUCUGAUUCUCAAUGUUUUCCGCAAUACACCGCUUCUCUCAAAUGUUUACAAGAAUUUAAUUCUGAUAAGAGUAAAUGUCAAGAACAUUUUGAUGUUUACAAGGAGUGCAAGAAAAAAGAGAGGGAAGAACGAUUGGAACGCAAUAAAAAUAGGUCCUUAUUCUCAUGAAAUUUUAGCUGGGAUUUUACCGAUUGUAUCAUAGAAAACAAAGUUAAAAGUUCAUCUAUAUCAUAGCACUGAGGUAAUGAUGUUUUCUGAAUCCGUGACAAGACGAUGUUCAAAUAAAUGUGUACAAUGGUAUUCUACGCUAUUUUAUGUUC